GGGAUUUUCUAACGCCUUCGAAAAGUUGAUAGAAUAGAUCGGGAAAUUAUUUUGGUAAUUAAUUAUCUCUCUCUCUCUCUCUCUCUCUCUCUAGAUCUACAAUAGAAAGGCUGGAAAUCCUGAGUUUGGCAAUGACAAAGGUCCACCCAAACGCGGCUGCCGCCGCUUCCACCUCUUCCAAUCAUGAAAAGACAUCCUCCAUAGAUGACGAGGUUCCGGUGGCGCUCACAGUUUGGAAGAAGUCUCUUCUACUCAACUGCAACGGAUUCACGGUGUUCGACUGCCAAGGCAAUCUCGUUUUUAGGGUCGAUAACUACUCCGCCCAAAGUAAGGACGAGAUCCUCCUCAUGGAUGCUGCAGGAACUCCGCUCCUCACCAUCCGCCGCAAGAGGCUGGGUUUGGCAGACAAAUGGCUAGUGUUCGAAGGAGAGAGCGGAGUGAAACCUCGAUACUCGGCAAAGAAGCAGGUGAAUCUGCUGAACGCAAAGUUCCUGGCCCGGGUGAUGAGCUUGUCGUCGUCGAGCAAGUACGACAUAGAGGGAUCAUACACGCAACGUUGCUGCGGGGUGUACGACGAGAAACGGAGGAGGGUGGUGGAGAUAAAGAAGAAGGAAGCUGCGGUGGGAGGAGUGGCUUUUGGGGCUGACGUCUUCCGUCUCAUCGUUCACCCCAAUACGGACUCCACCCUCGCCAUGGCUUUCGUCAUCCUUCUUGAUCAAAUGUUCGGCUCUUCCUCUUCUUAACACGCACUUGAUGGAUAAUAACUAUAUAUGUUCCAACACCACCAGCUUCCCAUCAAUAUUAAAAUUUUCCCGCUUUGUUUA